AUGGCUUCAGACCCAAUUCUGCCCAAGAAGGGCGAGCGCAAUAUUCUUAUUACAAGCGCACUUCCUUACGUCAACAAUGUCCCCCAUCUGGGCAAUGUUGUCGGUUCAGUGCUGAGCGCCGAUGUAUUCUCGAGAUACCACAAAGCCUGUGGCCGACAGACGCUAUAUAUUUGUGGAACGGACGAGUAUGGAACAGCAACCGAGACCAAGGCAUUGGAGGAGAAGGUGACACCGGAAGAGCUUUGCGCCAAGUAUAACAAGAUCCACCAGGAAGUGUACAAAUGGUUCAACAUCGGAUUUGACCACUUCGGCCGAACUCCCACUGCUAAGCACACCGAGAUUUCCCAGGCGAUCUUCACGCGUCUGCAGGAGAACGGAUUCCUCGGUGAGCGCACGGCCGAGCAGCCGUUCUGCGAGCAGCACGGUUCCUUCCUCGCAGACCGCUAUGUGGAGGGUGAAUGCCCCCGGUGUCACUACGACGAUGCGCGGGGUGACCAAUGUGACAAAUGUGGCCACCUCCUCGACCCCUUCGACCUGAUAAAGCCGCGCUGCAAGCUUGACGGUGCCACACCUGUACGCAAGGAAACGAAACACAUCCAUCUACUGCUGGAUAAGCUGCAGCCGGAGGUGGAGAAGUGGGCAGCCAACGCCAUCGAGAAGGGUGACUGGCCUAAGAACUCUCGUGUGAUCACGGAAUCUUGGUUGAAGGAGGGCCUGAAGGACCGUGGCAUUACCCGUGAUCUGAAAUGGGGUGUCCCUGUCCCGCUGGAGGGCUAUGACAACAAGGUGCUUUACGUGUGGUUCGAGGCCUGUAUCGGCUAUCCGUCGAUCACCGCCAACUAUACCAAGGACUGGGAGCUCUGGUGGCGCAACCCGGAGGACGUGCAGCUGUAUCAGUUCCUAGGCAAGGAUAAUGUUCCGUUCCACAGCGUCAUCUUCCCGGCGACCCAGAUCGGUACCCGUGACAAGUGGACUAUGAACCACCAUCUCAGCGCUACUGAAUAUUUGAAUUACGAGAGCGGGAAAUUCAGCAAAUCUCGUGGAAUCGGUGUCUUUGGAACCAACGCCAAGGAGACUGGAGUGCCCCCGGAUGUCUGGCGUUACUACUUGCUGAAGAACCGGCCCGAGACCGGUGAUACCCAGUUCGAGUGGCGUCCAUUCGUUGAUGCGAACAACAGCGAGCUGCUCGCUAAGCUAGGCAACCUUGUGAACCGUGUCGUCAAGCUCGUCACAGCCUCCUACGGCGGCGUCAUUCCAGAGUUCACUGUUCCCGAGAGCUUCAACCCGUUCCUUGAGGAGGUCAGCGGUCUUCUCACGCAGUACAUCGAAGAGAUGGAGAGUGUGCAUCUUCGCGCCGGUGUUUCGACUGCCAUGCGUAUUGCAGAGGCUGGUAAUGGCCUGAUCCAAGCCAACCGUCUGGACAAUGCCCUCAUUGCUAACGAGCCCGAGCUCGCUGCCGCCGUCGUGGGUACCGUUCUCAAUCUGAUCCACCUGUUGUCCAGUGUGUUCGCGCCGUACAUGCCCGCGACCUCAAAGUCGAUCCUGGAGCAGCUGAAUGCGUCAUUCCUCCUGCUUCCAUCGCUGGAGCAGGCCAAGGCAGGCUGGAAGCCCAAUUCUCUCAAGGGUGGCCACCAGAUCGGCAAGGCGCAGUACCUGUUCUCUCGGAUUGAUCCUAAGAAGGCAGACGAAUGGCGUGAGCUCUUCGGCGGUUCCCAGGCUGACCGACAGAAGAAGGCCGAGGAGGCCGCUAAGCUCGCUGCCAAGAAGGCUGCUGCCAAGGCCAAGAAGAAGGAGAAGAAGGAGAAGACCCGUGCGGGUGUUGAGGCUUCGGCCAAGGGCGGCGCCGAAAGUCCCAGUGUGGUCACAGACGGGCUGAACGACGAGGCCGUGGCCAAAGUGGCCGAUGGUGUCGCGCAGGUUACUUUCCCCACCUCCUAG